AUGUACAACGCCCAUUUACUCUUCGGCUUCGCCCUUCUCCUUCUCCUGGCCCUCGGGGCGAGCGGCGCUGUCCCGGCACACCACGUUGACCCCCGCCAAACCCACCUCGUGGCGCGACAGGCGCCAGGCCAGGAUGAGACCAGGACCAGAGGUACGUGUACGCAGAUGAGUAACAAAUGCAACUUGGCGGGACACGAUGCCCAAGUCUGUCCGGCGGACUAUAACAGGUGCCCCUUUGAAGGUGCGCCAUGUGUCCUGAUCGAGCCAAAGGGGGAUUCCAGCCGCAAGCCUGAAGUGCGUUGCGGGUAUCUGGGUAGCACAAGGUCAUGA